AUGCUCAGGAUCGACAGCCAAGCAAAGACAUACUAUGAGUCUUGGUCCCUUGAAAGAGCCUGCGAUGGCGUUAGCCCUGAGGAACUCAAUCUAGCAGGCUUCACGCAUGCCAAUAUGGCAUUUGCUUACUUUGACCCAUCAACAUUUGCUAUCACUGCCAUGGACUCGACUAUGUUAUCUUUAUUGAGCCGAUUCACGGGUAUUAAGUCCAACUAUACUAACUUAGAAACCUGGAUCUCUGUUGGCGGCUGGUCUUUUUCUGAUCCCGGUUCAACAGAAACAGCCUGGUCUACUAUGGUAUCAACAUCAAGUUACAGGGCAACUUUUAUUACCAAUAUCAUACAAUUCAUGCAAACCUAUGGAUUCGAUGGUGUGGAUUUGGACUGGGAAUACCCAGGAGCAUCGGACCGUGGCGGUAGUUCAGAUGACGGAGCCAAUUUUGUUUCUUUGGUAAAGGAGAUGCGAGCUGCCUUUGGGACAAAAUAUGGAAUCUCGGCGACACUGCCAACUUCCUAUUGGUAUCUUCAAGGAUUCAAGCCCGUGGAAAUGGAGAAAUAUGUCGAUUGGUUCAACCUUGUAAGUCCAUAUAUUGCACCACACACCAACCUUACUGAGAUUGAGGCCUCGCUAGACCUGCUUUGGCGGGCAGGAGUGACACCAGGGAAGAUAGUUCUUGGACAGGGCUGGUAUGGUCUGUGCGAGUUCACCACCGGAGGAAACGCAGGUUCCUGCACAGCAACAUCGGGUAUCCUGUCCAAUGCGGAGAUUCAGGUCAUUAUCGACACAUACGAUGUAACACCUGUCUAUGAUGAGGAUGAUGCAGUGAACUGGAUUGUUUGGGAUACUAAUCAAUGGGUGAGCUAUGAUGAUGCCACAACAUACAAGCAGAAGCUGUCUUUUGCCAAUGACCUCUGUCUUGGGGGGAUGAUGGUCUGGGCGGCGGACUUGAACAACCAAUCCACGCAGACAGGUUAUGGCUCCCAGGCCGAUACAGGCCUCAGCCAGAAGGUUACCGACUACUCAGUCCAGCAGUCCGUCAAUACUCAGGCUAGUUCGGCGUGUUACACGUCAAACUGCGGAGUUGAUUGUAUGUCGGGGUAUACUGGCGUCACCAAUAUGAAUGGGCAGCCGGGCUACUUGCCUACGGCGGAUGACUGCCCAGGCUCUGAGCUAGAGACCCUCUGCUGCGCAUCGGGUACAAAACUUGGUACUUGUACUUGGCGGGGGUGGAGAGGUGUGGGCCUACCCUGCUCUGGUGGAUGCAAUUCGGGAGAAACAGUCGUCGCACAGAACACUAAUUUCCAUGAUACUGUCGAUGGUAAAUUGGAGGUCCGCACGUGCAAUGGCGGUCUUCAAAGCUACUGCUGCACUGACUUUGUAGCACCUUCAUCUCUAAAGACAUCAAACUUAGAGUUGGAGGAGGACUACAAAGUCGAUCUCAACCCCGUUGUCAGCGUCGUGGUUGCUACUGUGACCGAAGUGCUCGCUAAUGCCGCCAAAAGUGUUAUUGACGCGGUCGCUACCGAUUUCUGCGAUGUUGCAGUUCCAAUAUUUCUUGAAGAAGUUUCCGAUAUUGAACUUGCUAUUCCUAUCAUUGGAGAAAUUCUGAUCUUAGGCGAAUGGAUCGCUGAGCCUGAAAUUCUCAAGGGGUGUGAAGACUUGAUUGAGGAUGGCGGAGACGCCGUGCUUAGCUGGCUAGGGUAUACCUCUAGCCUGACUGUGACCGAUAUUACCGAGACUAUCACAGAAACAAGCACCGAGGAGCAAGAGUGUUCACCCACUGGCUGCUCGGGCGGCAGCUGUUUGUUGAAGAAGAGAAGUAAAGUCAAACGAGCUGCACCAGCCCAGCAACUGGAUGCUCGGGCAACGGACACACCUUAUAUUCAUCGUCGUACAUAUGAUUCAACAUUCGGAUAUCUGAAUAAACCAGCUACGGGUGAUCUGGACUCGUGGACGGCAUCUGUUUUUGAGGAAGGAUCUCCAUCCAUUUUGACCCUGCAGCUAGAGAAUCCGGAAAGGAAGUCUACAGCACAAUUUAUCGAAUUUGCUGGAAAAUCCAUGUUUGCCGCUGUACGUGGCCUGGUGGGAUGCGUCUCUGUUGUGAUCGCCUCACAAUGCGGAGUAUACAUGACGCAUCAUUGGGAGACUUUUUUUAAAACAUCUUUCACCGCCGAACAAUUUGAAGACUACAUUCUUGAUCCCUUCGAUGCAACAACAGCUUCAUCGAACGCGGACUGGAUCAGUAUUCCCAUGCUGCCAGAUGGAUGUUUUAGCUCAACCUAUAAUGUUCAGGUUAUAAUUGUGACAUCAACUACAGGUUCAUCCCCCGAGGCGCUCCGGACGACCUCUAGAUACCUUGACAGGGUCCAAGACAUCGCGGAUACGGUGGCCGAUGCACUUGGCAUAGAUGAAAGUGAUAUCACAACAUGGCUUUAUAAUCGGCAACUUACAGAAAGUAACGAUAACGACGAUGCAUAUGGCAAGAUCGUGGUGACCUUCAACCCCGAUGUUUUUAAGGACGGUGGUUCAAGGGCUGCAUACCAGGUUUGGGGCGGCGGACUUGUGGUGGAUGGAGUUGCCACAAGCUCUAAUUCACAAAUUAACUCGCCGAUGUUGUCAGAUUACUGGAGUAACGAAGUUUCAUAA